AUGCUGUCAAAAGUAUUACUUUUACUGUUCGCAACUUCGUUCGUGCUCACAGUUUGUGAGCCCAUUGCUGACCCGGACCCUGAGCCGGGGCCGGAACCAGCAGCCUUGGCUGAAGCUGAACCUGAAGCCGAGGCCAAACCCAUAGCCUUGCCAGACCCAUUGGCGUAUGCGAAUGCGCUAAAAUCCGGAAGCAGUGGGAGUGGAUCAGGUGGCUUAGGAAAGUCAUUUAAAUCCGGGAGCAGUGGGAGUGGAUCAGGUGGCUUAGGAAAGUCAUUUAAAUCCGGAAGCAGUGGGAGCGGAUCAGGUGGCUUAGGAAAGUUAUUUAAAUCCGGAAGCAGUGGGAGUGGAUCAGGUGGCUUAGGAAAGUUAUUUAAAUCCGGAAGCAGUGGGAGUGGAUCAGGUGGCUUAGGAAAGUUAUUUAAAUCCGGAAGCAGUGGGAGUGGAUCAGGUGGCUUAGGAAAGUCAUUUAAAUCCGGAAGCGGUGGGAGCGGAUCAGGUGGCUUAGGAAAGUUAUUUAAAUCCGGAAGCGGUGGGAGCGGAUCAGGUGGCUUAGGAAUGUCAUUUAAAUCCGGAAGCAGUGGGAGUGGAUCAGGUGGCUUAGGAAAUUCAUUUACAUCGGCCAAACGAAGCAGAGCAAGCAGCCUUCAAAAGAACAAACGUAUAAUAGUUUCUGUUUCGAGAAGCGGAAGCUCAUCGUCAUCGUCAUCGUCAUCGUCGAGAUGCAAAUCAUGUAAAAAGUCGAAGAAGUGUAGGUCAACGAAUUGCAAGAGCAGCAAGAAACGCAAUAGCAAGAAGCGAAGAUACCGAAGACGCCGAGGAUGCAAGGGCAAAUACUGUUUCGUUAUCCCAAUUGGCGGCGGCGGCGGUGGCGGCGCAUCGACCGCUCCAACACAAUCAACGUAG